AAAACACCUCCAUUGGCAUAUGAUUGGCAUCCAACCCAGUGUUUUGUUUUUAAACUAUAAAUAUCGUACGAUAUUACUGAUUUUAGCUUCUAGAAAGCUUCGAAUUGGUCGAAUUUUCUCGAUAUGUUAUCAAUAUUUUCGAAAACAGUUUGAGUUUAUCUUUAAAUCGACAAGGGUGACGUUUUAUAGUCCUCAAAAGACACGUAUGUUCCACUUAGCUGGCCUAUUUGUAUUUGUAAUGUUUAUCUGAAUCGGUUGUGAAAAUGCGGCAUAAAGUGUUGGUUAUCGUUUUUUUUACGCUUGUGUGUUGUGAAUUCUCUGAAGAAGUAGCCCAGGGACCUCCUGAUUCAAGCAAGAAAACCAGCGACAAAGAUGAUACGUCUGAAGCACAAAGUGAUGAAGAAAUCAUCACUUUUGAUGAGAGUGAUGUUAUUAAAGUGAAUACUGGCCAGCGUCGACAGUCUUUGAACAAUUUAGAGUCGGUUGAAACAACUUCCAACAAUGAAAACUUAAAGGACAGUGAUUCGCUAACACUUUUAGACCUGUUGGAAUCCACAGACAUGAAAAUUAUCAUUCUUGAUCAGGCCAAAGUUCUCGAGAGAAUGACAAAAGAUGUUGAACUGCACGGGGAAGCACAAAGAGAGAUUGAUGUUGAGGAAGAUUUGCCGCUUCCUGAGUCCGCCUUGGUGGUCAAAGAACUGACACCCGAAGAAGAAGAAGGCAAAAAAAUAUAUGAAUCAGCUGCAGCUUUGCUAAACAAGACACGUCCGGACAAACCGAAGAUCUACCAGAUGCUGGUAGAAGCAUCCAACAAAGGUAACUUGGAGGCGAAAGCUUUAGUAGCGUGGGCUAAACUGUUUGGAACAACUUUAAAGCAAGAAAUCGAGGUGGCCAAGCAGAUGUUUCAAGAACUAGCUGAGGACGGCAACCCCGAUGGGCAUAUGGGCAUGGGAUUUUUGUAUGCAUCUGGUCUCUCAGUCAAUGCGAGCCAGGCGAAGGCUCUGGUUCAUUACAUGUUUGGAGCCAUCGGAGGCAAUACGUGGGCGCAAAUGGCCAUGGGUUACAGAUACUUUGCUGGUGCCAGUGUUUCCCCCUUUUGCGAGAAAUCGCUGAACUUUUAUAGGCAGGUGGCAGAGAAAGUUAGUCAAGGUGUCUCGUUCAGUGGGGGUGCGGCUAUUCAAAGAAUCAGGCUAUUGGAUGACUUAGAAAAUGGAUAUACUUCGGGCAUUCUGGACAAUGACCUGUUUGAGUAUUAUCAGCUGUUAGCGGAAAAGGGAGAUGUCCAAGCCCAGGUUGGACUAGGCCAGUUACACUAUCAGGGAGGUAGAGGUGUUGAUUUGGACUAUCAGAAAGCGAUGCAUUAUUUCACUCAAGCUGCAGAUGCUGGAAACGCCAUGGCUAUGGCUUACUUAGGCAAGAUUUACCUUGAUGGCAGCGACGAUGUAGCAGCAAAUAACGAUACAGCAUUUAAAUACUUUAAAAAGGCCUCCGAACUAAACAAUCCUGUGGGCUACAGCGGUUUAGGCCUAAUGUAUUUAUACGGUAGAGGAGUGGAAAAAGAUUACAAUAAGGCAUUCCAGUACUUUGUGGCUGCAGCGGACCAAGGAUGGGUCGAUGGACAGCUACAAUUGGGCAACAUGUAUUUCAGCGGCUUAGGUGUGGAUAAAGACUACAAGCGCGCCAAUAAGUACUUCAACCUGGCUUCACAGUCAGGACACGUAUUAGCCUACUACAACCUUGGCCAGAUGCAUGCUAAGGGAACUGGAAUGCUCAGAUCGUGUACUACAGCCGUAGAGCUGUUUAAGAAUGUAGCUGAAAGAGGACGAUGGGGCGAACUGCUGAUGCAGGCGCAUUCGGACUAUAGGGAAGGCUUAUACAAUCAGGCCUUUGUCCAAUAUGCCCUGUUAGCUGAACUGGGGUAUGAAGUGGCGCAGAGCAAUGCUGCUUUCAUGCUAGAUAGAGAGGAAGUGCCCAUGUUAAAAGGCGACGAAGGAUUGGUAAGAGCGUUGCAUUAUUGGACUAGAGCAGCUGCUCAAGGGUAUUCUGCAGCACAGGUCAAAGUCGGAGAUUACUACUAUUAUGGUCAUGGUACUUCGGUGGAUUAUGAAACCGCCGCAAGUCAAUACAGAAUAGCUGCAGACCAACAGCAUAAUGCUCAAGCGAUGUUUAAUUUGGGAUACAUGCACGAACAGGGUUUAGGGAUGAGUAAAGAUAUUCACUUAGCUAAAAGAUGUUACGAUUUGGCUGCCGAAACCAGUGUAGAUGCCAAAGUACCCGUUGCGCUGGCUUUGAUCAAACUUAACUUUAUAUUUGGCUUGGAAAAAUUCGAAGAGAGUCCAUUUAGUCAUCUUGUGAACUUUGCUGAAACUUUAAGCACCGACUGGGAUCUAUAUUUAAUUUCCACCCUCAUGGGUUUACUCGCAGCGAUUAUUUACUUUAGACGGCCUCAAAUUCAACCAGUUGUCUGACGUUUAAUAUGUUCUUUUCUUUUCGAUUGAACCAGGAAAAUUGAUGAGAUAAUACGCAAAUAAAGGUCUACAAUUUAUUUUUCAAAAUUUAAUUUUUCCUUGUGUUAUCAGCGGGAUAGUUUGCCCUUUAUUUCGGCUUAUUUGUGAUAACAUUGUUAACCGUUUUCCAAAGUCUGUGCGAUGAUAAAUAUGUGGAUGGAUGGCCGAAAGAACUAAUGCCAUACCAGUGCAGCUGAUAUUCAAUUGGAAUUGUUUAUUUAAAAUAUAUUUUAUAUGUCGUAUCGGCUUCACUUCGUCCAGUCGCAUCCAGCAAUUAGAAAAUGUCAAGAUUAGUAGAAUUAAUUGAAACUUGUUCCUGUAGCUGUGUCGUAAAAGUAACAAUUUCUCAGCACUGCUAUGAUUGGUAUUUUAAUUUAUUUUGUAAAUAUUUCUCUGUCGUUUGUUGAGAUGUAUUAUUUGUGUGCAUGAAGUUGUUAAAUAUAAAAACACUUUACAAUA